AUGGCUGAAUCCUCUCAACCAUCCAACUCUGAUAUUUGCCACCAAGGAUUAGAAUUUCAUUCUUGUUUACAAAAAUCUAUCACGCAGAGCAUUACACUUGAAAAACAUGCCGAAAAUAUGAUUGAAUGUAUAGAAAUUUUAGGGAGCUCAAACUUUAGUCCAGAUCGUGUUUCAGAAAUCUUACGUACUCAUUUAGAUGAUACUCAAACAAAUAGGGAGGAAACUCGACAAAUAAAAGAUAAAUAUAAUAAUAUUAAGGGUAGAUUGAUUGAAAUUAACAAUGAAAUUUCUGCUCGCUCCAUCAAAAAUAUGCAAUUAUUACUGGAAAAAGAAGAAGAAUUAAAGGACCUUGAAAGAAGUAAUGGCAAACUCGUGACCAUGGGGAUCAUUCUUAUGUUUGCACUUGUUUGUGGAAAAUUGAAUAUUAAUAAUAAAGAUGAUGCCUUGAUUUUUCUUGGAAUUAUGGUUGUGACGAUGAGAGAUUUUGAAGAAGCAUUGACGAAAGGAAUUAAUGUAGAACAAAUCCUUAGAGGCAUCAACCCUUUAGUAUUUCAAAUGGGACAUUACAAUGUUUAUUGGGAUACUCAGUAUAAUCGAUUAAAUAUUUUGUUACAAGAGAGAACCGAAAGUCAAGUAAUUCAAUUAGCUUUGUCGAAGGCUAACGCUAGGUGGGAAAAAAUUAUGGUGGAAUGUGAUAAUUAUACUAAAACCGUACGUAAGCUUGUGAAAGAAUCAAGAGAAACGGGAAAUUCUUAA